UGAAAUCUCCUCCAGUCAUUUCAUUGUCUAAAAGUUGCAUUCUUCUUUUUUUAAUAGACUCUCUGCUUCUUGCUUAUUCUUUCUCCCAUUUUCCCUUCUCUUUCUUUGAUUGGACUCAUCACCUGCUUUAGAUUUUCUGUUCAUCUGCAGACACAAAGUUACCAGAAUUUGGGUAGUCUUUAAUUCUUGAAAAUACAUCUUAAAAGCUUCCAAACACUAUUUUUCCUCUUUUUCUUGUGCUAAAUUCAAAAGGGCAUGUCCUGAAAAUUCGCUGUAAGAGCAAAUAGUUGAGAUAUAUUAGUAAUAAAGAUGAAGAUCCAGUGUGAUGUAUGUGAGAAAGCUCAAGCUACUGUAAUUUGCUGUGCUGAUGAGGCAGCUUUGUGUGCUAAAUGUGAUAUUGAAGUUCAUGCUGCAAAUAAACUGGCAAGUAAGCAUCAGAGGCUUCAUCUUCAGUGCCUCUCCAACAAGCUUCCUCCUUGUGAUAUUUGCCAAGAUAAAGCAGCAUUCAUCUUCUGUGUUGAGGAUAGAGCUCUCUUUUGCAAGGACUGUGACGAAGCGAUUCAUUCUGCCAGCAGCCUUGCUGCAAAUCACCAGCGCUUCCUGGCCACUGGAAUUCGAGUAGCCUUGAGCUCAAGCUGUAAUAAGGAUGCAGUAAAAACCCAAUUGGAGCCACCACAACCACCUCAGCAGAAUUCUCAACAAGUUGGCCUGAAAAUGCCUCCACAUCAAUUGUCCGGUAUCACAUCACCAUCUUGGCCUGUUGAUGAUUUACUAGGAUUUCCAGAUUAUGAUUCGACUGAUAAGAAGGAGCUACUUGAGCUAGGUGAACUUGAGUGGUUGGGAGACAUUGAUCUCUUUGGUGAACAAACAGCAGCUGAAGUACCCGAGUUAUCAGUAUCUCAGUCGAGCAACACACAUAAUAUUUACAAGCCAACCAGAUAUCAAAUGUCAUACAAGAAGCCCAGAAUUGAAAUCCCAGAUGACGAUGAGUACUUUACAGUUCCAGAGCUUGGUUGAGCUCCAAUGUCAUAAGAUUCCUAUUUAAACAUUUAUGUGUGCUUGCAUGCAGUUCUUAACCAUAUUGUCAACAGAUAUGUUCAGUAAGUAGAAGAAACAUUAUUCUGCUUAAGAUAGCCUUUAUCUUUAAUUCUCCUCAGGUUGCAUCUGUUUCUUUUUCUAAGUCUACAAUAAAUUCACCUUAAAACAGUGAGGCAUUCUUGGACAUGUUGUAGAUAUUGCUAGAGCUUGAACACAGUGCAGUGUGUUUCUUUC